AUGUUCGCGCGCUGCGCCCCCCCCAGCCGCUACACGCUGCUCUUCUCGCACGGCAACGCCGUGGACCUGGGCCAGAUGUGCAGCUUCUACAUCGGCCUGGGCUCGCGCAUCAACUGCAACAUCUUCUCCUACGACUACUCGGGCUACGGCGUCAGCUCGGGCAAGCCCUCCGAGAAGAACCUCUACGCCGACAUCGACGCCGCGUGGCAGGCGCUGCGCACCCGGUACGGCGUGAGCCCCGAGAACAUCAUCCUGUACGGCCAGAGCAUCGGCACCGUGCCCACGGUGGACCUGGCCUCGCGGUACGAGUGCGCGGCCGUGAUCCUCCACUCCCCGCUGAUGUCGGGGCUGCGCGUGGCCUUUCCCGAUACCAGGAAAACGUACUGCUUCGAUGCGUUCCCCAGCAUUGACAAGAUCUCUAAGGUCACCUCUCCCGUGUUGGUCAUUCAUGGGACGGAGGAUGAGGUCAUCGACUUCUCCCAUGGCCUCGCCAUGUAUGAGCGCUGCCCCCGAGCUGUGGAGCCCCUCUGGGUCGAAGGGGCAGGGCACAAUGACAUAGAGCUUUAUGCACAAUACCUAGAAAGACUAAAACAGUUCAUAUCUCACGAACUCCCGAAUUCCUGAAGGACAACUGGAUGUUACCUCACUUACUGUGAACAGAAGAGUCCUCCGUUCUGCACACGCUUUAACUGGAUAGCUGUCAUGACUCGAUACCCACGAAGACAUGCCCACCCUCUAGGGUCAUCUCACCCAAGAGCUGACGCAGCCUCAGCCUUCCGUAUCUAGAGGUCAUUCGGCCGAUUCCCGCGACACGUUAAACGGGACAGCGGCGAUCCCCAGCCUCCUGCGCCGGCGGGGACGUGGGGGUGCGAGCCGAACGUCGGGCCGGGCUUUCUCACGCUGUAUAAAGUACGCUCACACCUGUCUUCCCACCUCCCCCAUCACCGUUCCUGACUCGUUUCCACAGGCCCGACCCUGCCUCCACCACCGUUCUCGGUAUUGGACGUGCAGCUGUCUUUCAGAUCACUGGAUCCAUGGGCUCAGCCCCUUUGUGAAGCUGUGGUGGUGUAACUGGAAAACCCUUGUGAAAACCCCUGUAUUGAUUCUUUUGUUAACACGCCAGUGUUUCCCCAAGCCAAUGCAUUGACGGGUAAUUUACCGGGCCGGUCAUGAACAGCUUCAUCAACUGUAACCACGUAGGAGUAACUGGAAUAUUCAAAACAAAAGGAGACUGGGGGUUUUUUUAAGUGUAAAUUUAUUACUAGCCAACAGAGUUUUAAUAUUUUGAUUGUCUGGUUGGCCGAACAAAGAGCCUAGCUGGCUUUUCUUCUAUCAAGUCCUCCUUGUAGGCUUUUUUAAAAGUACUGUACAUAUUUGCAAUGACAUUGUGCAUAGAUUCUUAACAGGCAGUUUUCUUUUGUCAGGCUGCAACAAUGAACUGCAAACUCCUUGUUUGUAAUGUAAAUGAUUGAAUACAUUUUGUUAAUAUGUUUUUAUUCCUAUGUUUUGCUAUUAAAAAAAAUUUUAUAACAUUUCCAGGACAAAAAAAAUUCCAAGUUUAUGCUUUGAAGAAUUUAUGUAAUGAAGAUUUCACUAAACGAAUCUUUUUAGUUGAAGAGUUAUUUGGGUUUUGACACUGGAGCUGCACCCAAGAAGCAUCGGAAAUGUCAGAUGCUUAAAAUUGCUACACUACAUGUAUUGGUUGGGGGUUUUGGGUUUGGGGGUUCUUUGGUUUAAUUUAAAAAAAAAAAUUUUUUUUUUCAAAUUUAAAAGCCUUAAAUGUACUGUAAGCCUCAGAUCGUUGUACAGCGGGGUUGCGGUGGAUUGCCGGUUUGUGUCCCGUGGUCUGGAUGCGGCACCGUGGUUGGAAAUGGAAUAAAGAAUGCAUGACCAGAGCG